CAGGGGCAGAAAUACAGAAGGAGCAUGCAGGGUACCAGGACAGUUCAAAGACAGACCAGAGAGAGAUGAAUAGUGAGAGAUAGAAAAGGUUAAGAUGGCUUGAGCUGGAGUGACAUCCAGCAAGUGAAGGCAAAGAGGAAUAAAGGAAAAAAAGAGGGAGACUGAUGGAAGGAGGAGAUGUUUUGGGCAGAGGGGUGGUGAUCAUGUUGAGCCAAUGAAGGACAAGAAAGGGAGGGUGAUGUGGACAAUCCUGAAGUUGUUUCAACAUUCAGACAGUAGGAGAGAAGAAGAACAACAACUUAGAGAAAGACUUCCAUGCUGUGUAGACUCCCCAUUUGGAUGGAUGUCAAAGAAGAGGACUUGAGGAACCAAAUCUAAACCAAAAGGUCAACGAAAUCCUUCCAUCAGAGUGUCAAGGGAAGCUCUUAUUGGAAGGGAACGUUUUUUUUUUUUGCUUGACUAAAGCCUACCUGCAUCCAGCUCACCUGUCUUUAAAUUGGGGGACUUAAGAGACGGGGACAUGGAAGAAAAAGUCCACUGGUUCCUGUCCCAGUGCUGUUAUGUUCCCAGGUCCAGACAGCAACAUGCCCCCCCUCUUCCAGGAUCAAUUAUUCAUAUGAAUGAGGUUUCCUGUGUGUCAGGGCAGGACGAGGCGGGCUGUGGUGGCUCAGCUCCAAUUUGUGGCACAGUGCACAGCGAGACAGGAGCUGAGGGAGCAGAAAAACAGGCGGACAAAGGAAAGAGAAGGUAGAGGAGAGAGAGAGAGAGAGAGAGAGAGAGAGAGGGAGAUUGCGUGAGAGUUGGGUAGACAAAGGUCACAAAAACAGAGGAGGACAAUCUGAGGAGAGUUUUGGGGGAGCAUGAAGGCUCUACAGAAGAAUCAAGGACGCACUGACCAGAUGUUGGGAGCCAUGGCUGACAUGCUGACUUCUGUAGCCAUGCCCAAUCAACAGUGGCUCUCAGAUGGAGGGGAGAUGGACCUCCCAUUGAGCGAGGAGGAGAAGGGGCCUGUGCAGGGCUGCUGGGAGCCAGAGGGGCUGGAGUGGGAGAAGCAGGCCAGUGCUACAACAGAAAAUCCAGAGAGAAGAGAGAGAACAGAUUCGUACUCUGCAGCAGGCAGCGAGGGCAGCAUCUCCACAUCCGUGGCAUCCCUGCCGCCACAGGCCUCCGGCAGCUCGGCCCCGAGCUCUCCGGGCUCCAGACGCUCUGUGAGCACCCUGAAGAAGUGGCUCACAAACCCUGUGCGCAAACUCAGCGCUGGGGCCACGGCCAAAGGGGAGCGUCAGGUCCGCAAGCUCGAUGGAAAGCCUCCUCCUCUUCAGUCACACAGCAACAGCCUGGACCUGGGCACCCCCCCGAGGCCUGAUGAUACCUUCACCAUCCUGCCUGUAACCCACAGAGAACUGGAGUGGAAAGAUGGUCUGGCGAGCCCCGAGGACCUGUCGCCUGCCACACUGCAGGCUCCUAGCUACAUCACCGACUCGCUGAUUGGCUGCACGUCACUGCCAGACUCCCAGGACACUCAGUUCAGCAGCACUCUGCCAGAUGACAGCGGCUCCAUCUUGAUCGACGACAACUCCAGCCAAUGGUCGGCCGCGGCUGACACUGAGGAGGAGAGGAGGAGUGCCUUAGAGAAAAGCAUGUAUGUUCUAAAGGAGCUUACAGAGACAGAGAAGCACUAUGUGGUAGACCUGGGGCUCAUAGUGGAGGGCUACAUGGCCACAAUGAACUCCAAAGGAAUACCAGAGGACAUGAAGGGAAAGGACAAGAUUGUUUUUGGAAACAUUCACCAAAUAUUUGACUGGCAUAAAGACUACUUCCUGGGAGAGCUGGAGAAGUGUUUGGCAGAGCCCGAGAGGCUGGCUCAGCUCUUCAUUAAACAUGAGAGGCGUCUGCAUAUGUAUGUUGUAUACUGUCAGAACAAGCCCAAGUCGGAGCAUAUCGUCUCAGAGUACAUCGAGACUUAUUUUGAGGAGUUGCGGCAGCAGCUGGGCCACAGGCUGCAGCUCAAUGACCUGCUCAUCAAACCCGUCCAGAGGAUCAUGAAGUACCAGCUGCUGCUCAAGGACUUCCACAAGUAUUACACCAAAGCUGGGAUGGACACAGAGGAGUUGGAGAAAGCGGUUGAAGUGAUGUGCUUCGUGCCAAAACGUUGCAAUGACAUGAUGAAUGUGGGCAGACUACAAGGCUUCGAGGGGAAGAUCACAGCGCAGGGCAAACUGCUCCAACAAGACACGUUCACCGUCACUGAGCAGGACAGCAGCUUUCUGUCCCGAGCCAAGGAGAGGCGGGUCUUCCUAUUUGAGCAGCUGGUAAUCUUCAGUGAGCCCAUCGACAGGAAGAAAGGCUUCUCAAUCCCAGGAUACAUCUUUAAGAACAGCAUCAAGGUGAGCUGCCUGGGGGUGGAGCCUAUCGUGGAAGGUGAUGAUGCCCGCUUUGUGCUGACAUCACGCAACCCAGACGGUAGUGUGGUGCGCUUCCAGUUGCUGGCCUCCUCCCCUGAAACCUGCAGGGCCUGGGUCAAUGAUGUUGUACAGAUCUUGGAAUCACAGCGCAACUUCCUCAAUGCCUUACAGUCACCUAUUGAGUACCAGAGGAGAGAGAGUAAGUCUAACAGCCUGGGCCGCUGCAUGAGGCCCCCUCUGUCUGCCGCCAGUGCUCUUCGGCCCCACUCCUCCGCCUCUAUUGACCGCCAUAAACUUCCCUCCCUUCACUCUCACAACAUCUCCUUACCCUCACUCUACCUGCCCAGCCAAGGCCAAAGCCAGGGACCCAGCGAGAUGUACUCACUGCGGGAUCCUGCUGUGGCCCAGCCAUGUCCUGCUGACUCACACACUGUUUCUCCCUCCCACGUCCAACUGGGCUUCACCGAUCGGCCAAACUGUCAAGCUGUGUCAAAUGGGCUGUACACUCCCACCACACAAAGUGCACAGGUUCGAAGGGCAGCAGAGGGCAGCAGAAGGGGCCAGCCUGCUGAUGCUGGGAGCCAGCCUCCACUGUCGGGCCCCUCAGCCGGACGUCGCCCCAGCAACCUAGCUCAGCUGGCCGAGGAUGACCUAUGAGCUCAUUGUGUCUCCUGGGUCAGGAGGAUAGCAGCUAAGGCCACAACAGUGGAGACUGAAGGACUUGUCGCUUGUCUGUUUAUGGACCUUCACCUGGUUCAAUCAAGAUUUCCAGAGGAAAAUUACGGAAACUGAAGGAUCAUGGGAAGGAAUUACAAGCUGCAACUAUAAAAUGACUUUGUUCCAAUUUUUUAGAGAGCAGUUCAUGAGAGGGGACUAACCUUAGACAACUUUAUUGUACAUGAAGGGCACCCGGUGGGAUGUUCCUGGGUUCAGAGGAAAAACACUCAGUGUUAUGACAAUUUCUGCUUUUUAGCUUUUUGAGAGUUUGUAUGCCACACUCUUCUGGGGAUUUGUUCGAUAAAGAAAUAUCCAUUCCUAAAGGGGGAGGUCACUGGAGCUGCGUGUGUGCCUGAAUGCAUGUCUAUGUGGAUGAGUGCAUGAGAGGGUGUGAGGAGUUGUAGCGGGCUCCUCUUGCAACCCUUUUUAUUUUCUGUUGCCCCCAUUGUGAAGACAAGAAGUACAACUACAUUAACACAAUUUGUCAUUCCCCUGCUGACAACUGAGUUUGCUGUUGAUGUGGACAAGAAUGGGAAAAAAGCAGAACACUUGAUGUGAACAUGCUACAAGGACUUCACUCACUCUGGCUGGAGACUGAAGAACUUUCUUUGAGAGCUCCUGUCUGCUCUCUUAUUCUGUUUGACAGGCCCUCGUUUGAUCUGGACAAAAAAGGCCUGAUGGAGCCCCCUGGAGGUUGUCUGUGGGUAUGACGUCAUUUCAGAAUACAUUUUUUUUUUCUCUCUCUUUGGGCAACUCUAGAGGAGCUGCUGGUGCAGGAGGUGCUUUCUGAGGGACUGCUGUGCUGACCCAAAGUGUUGCAUGCAACAUCUCCUUGAUGAUUGAGUGUCGAUGCGUUAGAUUACACAGAUCGAUCUUUCCAGAUCAGAGUGGAUGCUUGUGUUUUUGGGGACACAUGUCCUUAAAGUGCAUUGGUUUAAUCUAAUAUAUAUUUUAUAUAUAAGUUCACCGUUGUCUUGUCAAGACUGUGCACCAUUUAUGUUUUCUCUGUUGGCUUUAAAUUCUGUGCAGUGCAUACUAUGAAGGCAUUCAUGUCCAUCUCUUCUUGUAAGAUGAAAGAUGACCCCAGUAUCCCAAGAAAUGUUUCUGUUUGGUUAAAAACAAAGGAUAAUGUCUUUCUGGUUGACAGAGUGAUGCUGAUGUAUCUGUAUGCUCGCUCUUUGCAGACAACCGUGCCAAAAACAGCAACUCACUGCUCAAAAGAUUCAUGCUUUUGCUCCAAUGUUCAGUUUGCCACUGAUCUUAUAAAACAAGCACAGACUCAGAGUAACAUCGAAAAUGGAACACGAAGGUGACAAAAAAGAGAAAUGCAGUUCACUUCUCUGGCCAGUAGAUGUCCCUAAAAGGCUUCUUCGCCCCUUACACUUUAGUUUGUUCAUACAGCUUCACCAAAGAUCAAUAGACUUCAUAUUUCAGUUCUCGCAAUGAAGUAAAAGCUGCUUGAUAAUCAAUGUGAAAAAAUGAAUACCACAAAAUUAACUGAAAAGUUAGACACAUGAUGAGUUCAACCAUCUCACAGAAUCGAUCUGCAGUUAAUGUGAACUGAUGUGUUCAAUGGGAACAACUGAUCAGGGAGGUUUACAUUCACGAUUCAAACUUAUACCACUACAGGGCACCAAAGGAAGGAAAUUACAUGAAGAUGAGGUUGUUAAAUGCCAUGUUAGACUUAGCAGAAACUGUUGUAUCAUAUCAAAUAAAAAAAAGUGUCUUUUUGGAA